AUGACCUCCCGCCCGUCCGCCGCCGCCCCGCCGCCUCCACACCCCGCCGCCGCACGCCACCCGCAUCAGAUCCGGCCCCACCCUGCCCCCUGCCGCUGUUUCCAUGCCACCCCGCUGCCUGCCCGCCGCGGAUCCGGCUGCGGCCGCAGCGCACGCCGCCGCCCCGUGCGCCAUCCCGUGCGCCCGACUCCAUCCGCCACCGCCCCUCAGCUCCGCCCUCUGCCCGGCUCCGUCCGCCACCGCCCCGGCCGCACGCCGCCGCCACUCCACCGCUCUCACCGCUCUCCGAUGGCACCGAAGAAGACGCCGAAUGGCAAGUCGGGCUUCUUUGGCAUGAGGCAGAAGCCCUCUGGUAACUUCGGAGUGGAGUUCUCCGAUGCCGGGAGGCGUUGGUGGAUCGGCACGUACCCCUCCGCCCACGAGGCCGCGCGUGCCUACGGCGGUGUGGCGUGCCGAGAGGCCUCGGGAGCACCUCAACUUCCCAGAGAUCGAGAGUCGGGCGAAAGUGGAGAUGCUUGUGCCGCAGGGCAUCAAGAUGAAGGAGAUCCCGACGAAGAAGAAGACGACGAAGAAGGCGUCGAUUUCUCGGAGGAGGAGGAGGGGUGCGACGACCCGGAGAAGGAGGAGUUCUGGGCGCAGUUCCGCAGCUCCGACGAUGAGGAGUAG